UAGCGCGGAUUGCCGGUACACAACAAAAGGCGUAAACAAAGCAAGCCGCCGGAAAACUUUGAAGAAGAGCAGUUGGUACAUUUCGUUCCACGUUCCACCAUCCGAAAUGAGUGUUAAAAUGGGAGCUAAUGUGUGCCCGAUUACCGAGGAACGGUCGGGCACCGUGCGUGAGGUCGGCGGACAAGCAGUUUGGAGUCUUUCCUCGUGUAAGCCAGGAUUUGGCGUGGAUCAGCUGCGGGACAAUUCGAUGGAAACGUACUGGCAAUCGGACGGACAGUUACCACAUCUGGUAAACAUUCAAUUUCAUCGGAAAACGACCGUGAGCCAGAUUUACAUCUACUCCGACUACAAGCUGGACGAAAGCUACACCCCGAGCCGGAUAUCAAUCCGCUGUGGGAUGCACUUCAACGAUCUGCAGGAAGUUGAGGUGGUCGACCUUUGCGAACCAUCCGGCUGGGUAUGCAUUCCGAUCAAGGAGUACGAGGAAAUGCUCAUGUGCACGUUCAUGAUACAGAUAGCGGUGAUAAGCAAUCACCAGAACGGUAGGGAUACCCAUAUGCGCCAGAUACGGAUCCACUCGCCUACCGAAGGUUCACAAUACCCGCUCGAGCAUCACGGCAAGUUUAGCACGUUGGAAUUCGCCCAGUUUCGUACGAUACGCUAGCGGUGGUGGCUAGGUAGCGAACUUAUCUUAAAUGUAACUCGUGUUAUUUAUCAAAAUAUUUGAACAAUUCGAUUUUAUUCCAAAAAACACAGAAAAGUAAAACAGAAACUGUAAACUUUACAAAGGGAGUGUCCCCCUUAAGAUAAUUUCCCUCUGUCGAUUAUUUGUGGCGUUUUGAUUCGCUAUUUUUUCCAAUCCACAAACCACCAGCCCCUGUUUUUACUCAGCGGCCUGCAGCAGGCCACGGAGCAUGGUUUCCAGCUUACGGCCAUCGGCAGCAAACUUGCGAAUACCGUCCGAAAGCUUGUCGGUAGACAUUUGAUCCUCAUUCAACAUCCAGCGGAAUGUUGCCUCAUCCAUUUGGAUUUUCUCCAGGUUCGCCGAUGCGGCCUUGUCGGCGUCGAGAUAGCGUUUCACCGGUUCGGCACUCUUUUCCAGAUCGCCCAGCAGCUUCGGGCUGAUGGUGAGCAGAUCGCACCCAGCCAGCGCCAUGAUUUCACCCACGUUACGGAACGAAGCACCCAUCACGACGGUUUUGUAGCCAAACUUCUUGUAGUAGUUGUAGAUCUUUGUCACCGAGAUGACGCCCGGGUCCUGCUCGGGCUCGAACGUUUUCUGGUCGGUGUUUGCCACGUACCAAUCGAGGAUACGGCCAACGAACGGGGAAAUCAAAGUGACGCCCGCUUCCGCACACGCGACGGCUUGGGCGAACGAAAACAGCAGCGUGAGAUUGCAGUGAAUGUUGUGCUCCUUCUCCAGUACGCUUGCCGCCUGGAUACCUUCCCAAGUGGAGGCCAACUUGAUCAGUACGCGGUCCCGCUUCACGCCCGCCUCCUCGUACAGAGCGAUCAGCUUCAGAGCCUUGGCGAUGGAAGCUUCCUUGUUGAAGGAAAGCCGCGCAUCGAUUUCGGUCGAUACGCGACCCGGCACGAGCUUCAGAAUCUCGCAGCCAAACAGCACGAACAGCAUAUCGGCCGCCUCGGAAACCUUCUCUUCCA